AUGUUGUACGAGUGUGUGCUUUCAAUUCGUCAAGAAUAUUUUGAAAAUAUCAAUUUCCAAAGAGAUUUAAACAGUUUGUCUUAUGCGGCAAAAUGUAGGUUAUUCUUACGCGAUAGAAUUUCAAAUUCAAAUAACAUACCUGCCAUUUAUAAAUGCUCGUAUUCGAUUAGACUGGUUUGUCCAGAUUAUUGGCCAGUCGUUCCCAUUCAUCAAAUUAAGUCGAAGGAAAUCGGUAGACUGCUUAAAGUUUCCGGGGUUGUUUUACAAGUUACUAAUGUUCGACCCAGAAUGACUGUUGCAGCGUACUACUGUGAAUCUUGCAACGAACGAAUUUUCGUUCCAAUAGAUUUCAACGUUUUCUGUCCGUUGACGACGUGUACUUCGACCACUUGUGUUACGAGCGGAAAGAAAGGCACGCUAAUUUUGUCGUAUCGCGAAAGCAAAUUGGUUAUGCAGCAAAUGAUUGUUAUUCAAGAAUUACCGCAAAAUAUUCCAUCGGGUUCCUUGCCUAAAAGUUUAAAGUUGGUGCUGAAAAAUGACUUCGUUCACGCGAUAAAACCUGGGAUGACGAUUACCGUUAGCGGUAUAUAUACUCCAGAUUCUAAAGCUCGCGGAGUUGUUAAAAAGUUAUUCAACACUAUUGAAGCUGUGGUGAAUGUCACUCAUGUCGAAUUCCCUUUUGACGACUUUCCAAACAAUGAAGAUUUUGAAAAACAAGACUUCAUUAAAGAAAUUCAACGCAAAUACCCUGGUCGGAUGUUAUAUGAAAUGCUCGCCGCGAGUUUAGCCCCAUCGAUUUACGGGCAUGAAGAAAUUAAAAAGACAUUGUUACUUCAACUCGUUGGAGGAACGAAUGUUAACACUGGUGACAGUUUAAAAAUAAGAGGGGACAUCCACGUACUCUUAAUUGGAGACCCGGGUAUUGCCAAAAGUCAAUUAUUGAAACGGAUAAACAACCUAUAUUCGCGCUCCAACUAUACUUGUGGUAAAGGAACGUCUAGUGUAGGUUUGACCGCCUCAAUUGUACGAGAUCCAUUGACGUCAGAACUUAUGUUAGAAGGAGGAGCCGUUGUGUUAACAGAUAAAGGAAUUUGUUGUAUUGAUGAAUUUGACAAAAUGGACGAGAAGGACCGAACGGCAAUUCACGAAGUUAUGGAACAGCAAACCGUCAGCGUUAGCAAGGCUGGAUUGAUCGCAACUUUGAAUGCUCGCACACGUAUUUUAGCCGCUGCAAACCCGAUAAAUAGUCGUUAUAACGUCAACCGGACAGCUGUUCAGAACAUUGGGUUGCCAGCUGCUUUGCUGACAAGGUUUGACGUUGUGUUUUUGGUUUUGGACACUUUCGGCGAUAAGACUGCCGACUUGGCGAUGGCUAAACAUAUUUUAAAUCUGCACAAAGGCGAAACAUUUUCGCAUGUGGGUAUUAACGACAUUAACUACCCCAUUUUCUCGACGAACGAUUUCCGCAAAAUCAUUCGUGCUACAAGCAGUGUCAAAGCAUAUUUGUCGCCUGAAGUAGUUGAACAAAUCAUCAACUACUAUGUCGAAAGCCGAAUCGAAGAAUACAAACGAGGGCUUGAUCUUGAAGAGCUGACCUACAUUACCCCGAGAACGCUCUUAUCCAUAAUUAGACUUUCGCAAGGGUUGGCAAAAUUGCGAUUUUCCUCUAUCGUGGAAACCGACGACGUUAAUGAAGCCAUAAAGUUGGUUGUCGCUAGCAAGGAGUCGGUCUCCAAACGUCGCAAAGCGACUGCUAAAACGGAAAACAAUAAAAACCUGCGCUACUACCAAAUGCUCAAAGACUAUUCCAAAAAUUUAUGUAACGAACAGGGUUGGAUAUUAUUUGACGAUAUGUUGAAUGCUACGCAAGACGUCAUCAACGAAGACAUUGAGCUUUUAAUUGACGCCUUAGUUGCUUCUGGCGAAGCCAUGUGGGACUCAAUUGAACGGAACAAGUUUAGAUUCAUUUAG